AAACACAUCCUACAAUGAGGCCCUUAACAGAGGAAGAGACAAAGGCUGUGUUCGAAAAGCUCGCAAACUACAUCGGAAAGAACCUCGUUCACCUCAUCGACAGGGAUGAGGAUGACGAGUACUGCUUCCGUCUCCACAAAGACAGAGUGUACUAUCUCCCCCUUCCCAUGCUCCACUUGGCCACCUCUGUCGCCCGACCUAAUCUCGUUUCUCUCGGUACAUGUUUCGGUAAAUUCUCAAAAACUGGCAAAUUCAAGCUUGGUAUAAUGUGUUUGGACUAUCUCGCCAAGUACGCAAAGUACAAGGUCUGGAUUAAGCCUUCUGGAGAACUUCCUUUCCUCUACGGUAACCACGUCGCCAAAGCGCAUUUGGGAAGGAUAACGGAGGAUACACCCGAACAUCAGGGUGUGGUGGUGUACAACAUGUCGGAUGUGCCUUUAGGAUUCGGAGUAACAGCCCGCUCAACACUCGAUACACGUAAACUCGAUCCGACGGGUAUUAUCGUCUUCCACCAAGCGGACGUUGGAGAGUUCUUGCGUGAUGAGGAUACCAUGUUCUAAGCUCUUUCACCAGGUUGGGAAUAGCAGUGGAAGUCGGGAGGGUUUGGAGGAAUAGACGGAAUAGGUGAAGAGGCGAGGCUCCGAAAAGAGAGGAAAGAAAGGGGGGAAUGAACCGAAAGAUGAGGGAUGAGGUUCUGGGAUAGAAAGACUGUGUUUCCGGGGGACGAUUAGCUCGAUACCAGUUGCCAAACCAAGAUGAUACGUGGAGCUCAGAGCUAUAAGAUUGAGAGAUUAGAUUUGAGUGGGAGACAUUCCGAGGGUCUGAGGGUUCAGAAAAGAAUGUUUGACUUUGGGCAUCAUCUCCAUUUUUUUAUUUCGUGUAAUGAGUGUUAAUGUAUUCUACUUUU